AUGAGUGAUAUAUCAUCAUCAUGGGAAGAUCUUAUUAUUCGUCAUAGUGAAACAAAAUUAAAAUCACGUACAUGUAGUAUAUUCAAUAUUAAUUCAAGUUUAUCAACUGAAUCAGAUAAAUUAUGUCCUUGUGAUCGUAUGAUUCGUCGUCAUAGUUUAAUUGGUGAAUGUUUACAAUCUAAAGCGGCUGCAAAUGGAAAUACUACAUGGGAACCUCCAACGAAAUUUCUUGAUAAUGCAAGUCAUUCUACAAAAGUUCCUAUUAACGUCUAUGGAACAUUACAAUCUGUUGGAUGUAAAUUUAUUCGAGUUGAUAGUCGAGUAGCAAUCAAAGAUUUAUUUCAAUUAGUUCUUGAAGAUUCUGGUGGACAAAAACCAGAUUUAAUUAUAAGUGUUUAUGGUGGUGCUAAAUAUUUUACAAUGACAGAACGACUUGAGAAAGAAUUUAUUAGAGGUGUUAUUGAUGCUGCUACUAUGGCUGAUGCAUGGAUUCUUACUGCUGGUAUCAAUAAUGGUGUAUCAAAAUUAGUCGGUGAAGGUAUUUCACAUUAUCGUUUAUUACGAGAAUAUUCAAAUAAAGUUAAAUGUAUUGGAAUGACUAUGUGGGGUACUAUUAAUGAAACUACACGUCUUGAACUUAAAGGUGCAUCACAAGGAUCUCCACGACCACUAUGUCAACGACAAAUACCAGAAAGUGCUCAAGAAAAUAAAGAAACAAUUGAAUUGAAUCAUACACAUUGUAUUCUAUUCGAUAGUGGUCGAUUAAAUGAAUAUCUUAGUGAUUCACAACGUCAUCAAUUUGUUACCGAGGCAUGUGAAGAUAAAGAAGAUCAUCAUGCAUGUUAUUCAAUAACAAUUAUUGUCGAAGGAGGCCUAGGUAGUCUUGAAAUUGUUGAAAAUGAUAUUCAUGGAGAACGACCUAUUGUUUUAAUUCAAGGCAGUGGUCGCAUUGCUGAUGUAUUGGCUACAUUAGUCGAACAAACAUCUAAUCCUGAUGGAACUCAAGAUUGGGAUCCAUCAAAAAACGAAGUUGAACAAGCACUUGAUCGAUUUUAUCCUAAUAUUGCUUAUUCAGAUAAAAGUUCAGCAAUAAAACGAAUUCAAGAAAUAUUAAAAGAAGAACAUCGUCAUCUGUUACAUGUUUUCUCUUUGGAUCGUGAUAAAAAUGUGUCUGAAAGAAUUUUUAAAGCAAUAUUUACUGCUAAAAAUAAGAAAAAAAGUGUUGAAAAUACGAAACAAAAUGGAAAUGAAUUAUUAGAACAAGUAAAACAACGUCGAAAUGAUGAAGAUAAACUCGUAGAUUUGGCAUUGAAAUGGAAUUAUUUCGAUGGAGUCUUACCAAUAUUACAAGCACGACAGGGUGAAAUGGCAAGGAAAAAACAUGAUUUUAUGAAGGCUGAUAUAGCACGACAAAAAGCAUUAUUCUUAAAAUCUCUUGAAAAAAAUCGUGCAACAUUUAUUGAAUAUUUUUUAAGUGCUGGUUUUGAUCCAUUAACAUUAGCUGAAAAAGAUGAUAUUUAUAGUUAUCAAUUAGUUAUUUUAAAUUUAUAUAACAAAAGUUAUCAAGCAAUGAAUGUGGCACAUAAAAGCCGUGUGAUGAUAUCAUUUGGUACAUUACCACUUGAAUCAAUAAAACAACUUGAUUAUAGAAUAAAUAAACUUAUUGGUUCAUUUUUUGGUUCAGUUUAUUCAGCUAAUGAUGAUAGUUUUAAAAAUCGUCUUAAAAUUGAUUUAAGUAAUCGUAUGUGUACUUGUUGUGUAUCAGCACAUGAAGAUAUCGAUGAAUUAACAUCUAUUCGUGUUCAUGGCCAACUUACACAUGCACAGAGUAAAUAUACCAAACAUCAUAUGUUCCGUGAUCUUUUUCUAUGGUCUGUUUUUAUGGAUAUGCCUGAAAUAACUAAAGUAUUAUUUCUUCAUGUUCGAUCUCGUAUAUGUGCAGCUUUAAUAGCUUCAGCUAUAUUUAAAAAAUAUGCUUCAUUAUCUCAUUCAGUUGAUAUGACAGAUAAAUUUCAACUUCAAGCAUUAGAAUUUGAAACAUAUGCGGCAAUUUCUUUGGAUAAAUGUUAUGAAUGUAAUGAUGAACGUGCAUGUGAAUUACUUUUACGACAAUUACCAAUUUUUGGUAAUGUUACAUGCAUGCAGCUUGCUAUAUCAAGUGAAAGUGGAAAAUUACUUGAAACAGCUUGUUUUGAUCAAACAUUAAAUCAUGUAUGGUUUGAUAAAUUAGGUUUAACUAAUCGUCAACGAUCAGCAAAAUUAUCACAAAUUCCAUCAGUUAUUAGUCUUGGUUUUCUAGCACCUUGGCUUAUUACCUAUCGAAAAGAAGAAAAAUAUUCAAUAAAUCAUGGAAGAAAUAAAGAUCUAUCUCAAGAAGGUAUAGACUAUUAUACUGAUGAACGCAAAUUAGAAGGGAACUGUUCACAUUAUUGGGCACGUUUUCGAUAUUUUCAUCAAUGUCCAAUGAUAAAAAUGGCAUAUCAUUUUAUUAGUUAUAUUUGGUUUUUACUUGUAUUCAGUUAUAUGAUGCUUUAUCAACUUGAUAGUUUAAAUAAACCUGAAACUCCUCAUUGGACUGAAAUUUAUGUAAUUAUGACUGUUACAAGUAUGUCUGUUGAAGAAGCUCGAAAACUUUAUUAUGAAUAUGAUGCACAUAUGACUGAACGAUGGGGUUCAACAGGAUCGAUUAUUUUAACAAUUUUAUCAAAUGUAUUUUAUAUUCUACCGUAUGGUCUUUUUUAUUUCGGUCUUGGUUUUCGUUAUGCAAGUUAUAAUGAUAAUUUACUUUCAACUGCAAGAAUUGUUUGGGCACUUGAUUUAGAAUUAUGGUAUAUUCGAUCACUCAAAUUUGUUAUGGCAUUGAAAUUUUUAGGUCCAAAAUUAUUUAUGUUGAAAAAUAUGCUUCGAGAUCUAUUUGCUUUUGUCUAUAUGAUAUUUAUAGCAAUAGCAGCUUAUGGAGUUGUAUCUCGAUCAUUGAUUUUUUAUAAUCGUGUAGAAUUUUCUGGUCGGGCAAUUUUUAGUCAAAUUUUAUAUGAACCGUAUUGGUUUGUAUAUGGAGCUGUAUCAGAUAAAGAAUUUCUCGAAAAUCAAACUGACCCUAGCACUUCAUCAUCAAUUAAAGCUGAAGCAACAGCAACACAUGUUUUAUUAGCAUUUCAUAUGUUAUUUAUUAAUAUUCUCCUACUCAAUUUAUUAGUUGCUGUUUUUGCUGAUUCAAUUGUUAAAGUUCAAGAAAAUACGGAAUUUUAUUGGCGUUAUCAACGUUAUUCAUUUGUACGAGAAUAUUUCGAACGUUUACCAUUUGCUUAUCCACCAUUAAUUCUUGUUUCACAUUUUAUGUUAUUUUUAUUAACUAUACGACGUACAUUGUGUCCAAAAUAUUCUCGAAAUCGAGCAGGAACUCAAACUCAAAUAUCAACAUUACAAAAGAUUACACCUAUAUUUAAAAUGAUUCCAAUAAAAUCUUCUCAAAAUGAACAAUGGGAUUUGUUUGAAAAUGCUGCAACAUAUGGUUAUGCUCGAUCAAUAUUAGAAAAACAUAGAAAUAAAGAUAUUUCAACAAUGGAUGAUGAAAAACCCAGAAGAACACUGGCUACACUUGAUUCAAAUGCUACUAAACCAACUACUGAACAACAACAAACAAUAGGACAUUUUAAAGAAGAAUUAUUAUCAAUAUUUGCAUCAGUUGUUAGUGAAACUCAUAAAAGUUUAGAACAUAAUAAUUCAAAAAUAGAAAAUCGAUUAGAUCAAAUGAAUGAGUCGCUUGAGAGGUUAAUGGAUAUAUUAGAACGUACGAAAAAGGAUAAUCGACAUGAUUCAAAAGUUGUACAUGAAUCAUCUUCUACCAAUGAUAAUAGUAAAUUUACGAAUUCAACAACAUCAACAAUCAAAAAGCGUACUGAAUAA